UCAGGGGACUACAACUGAUUAUAUAUAGAAUAAAAAAAAAUUUUACUAUAGAUUUUUUUUAAUAAUCUCAAUCAGACAUGUCGGUCAUAUACAAAACUUCCAUGGGUGUGAUUGGUAAAUACGUUCCGGAGAAAUUGCAGCCUUUGUGGAAACAUCCAGCUGGUCCGCAAACGAUCUUUUUCUGGGCUCCGGUAUUCAAAUGGGGUCUUGUUAUCGCAGGCCUCAGCGAUCUUAAGAGACCAGCAAGUGAACUCUCGAUAUCACAGUCAACUGCUUUGGGAAUGACUGGAUUGGUCUGGAGCAGAUAUUCCCUCGUUAUAAUCCCGAAGAACUAUUCUCUCUUCAGCGUUAAUGUGUUCGUCGCAUGUACAGCGCUCUACCAAGUAUCCAGAGCAAUAAAAUACCGAAGAGAUUUGGCAGCUCAAGAAGCUUCGAAGAGUAAUCAACAGUAAUUAGAAUAAUUAAUAGAAACCGAAAAUACGACGAAGGCAUUCCUGCCAGCAGAGAUAAUGCUCUAGGCGAUAAAAAUGUACACAGACACAUACACGCUCAAUCACACCGACAUACGUAAACGUAGGUAAAUCCAGGUAAUUGUGAUGAAUUCUUGACCUGAACUGUGAAAAUUUUUUUAAAUAUAUAUCGGUCGACGAACGGCGAAAAUGUACGAUUUUGACAUACAAAGACAUGCAUACGGCGAAGUGAAAAUAAUGUGUAUAUAAUAUAAGAAACGGAUGUGUAUCGAUGUGUUGUCGCCGGAAGCUGGUCUUCCCACAGGCACGAUAUAGGCAAAGGCAUAAUUAUAAUUAUCAUAAGAACUAAAAUUCGAUGUGUUCAAUCCUAAGAUGUAAUCAAUCGGACAAACAGCGCAUGCAUGCGGUGCAUUACCUGAAAAU